GUCAACGUCAGCAGCCUUUCAGACAAAAUCCUCCGAAAGUAGAAACUUAGCCAGCAAGAAACACCCUAGUCAACAAAUCCCCAUUACCCCAUUUUUUCGUGCUGUUGUUCACUAACAAUCUCGAUGUUGAACCACGACCACCAUGGCAAUCCCCAUAUCCUCGAAAUUCAAAACCUCUCAUAAACCCCCAAAACUCUCUAUAUAUUAUGCCUGUGGUUGUUGUUUCUGUUGCUGAUUUGGUUAAUCUGGUGUUGAUCCUUGUCUUCCCCUCUCUAUUCCAGUGUGUUCGACAGCAUUCGUCUUCUUCUGACGGUGAUUUUCACGAUGAUCGGUUGUUCAAACUUCUGAUCAUCGGACUGAAACAGCGUAGUUUUGUUACCACUGUCUUCCACUCUCCCGCUAAAUUGGGAGCUUUAUACGAUCACCGCUUCCGUCGUAGUCGACUGCUAACCCUCCGAUUUCCGAGUUUAAAAUGAGUUUCUUGAGACCCUCUGUCUUGUACCAGCUCCUGUUCAUGCACUCGUGGCUACAGUGGAUGCCGUGUCAAAGUUGGGAGUUCCUUCGGUGGCCUGGGUUCGAUGGGCUUUUGAGAUGCUUAGUGGUGGUGCUUCUGUGGUCAACGUUUACGGAAAUUAGCUUCAUACGUUCCUCCUCUAUGUACCCCACUCUUCAUGUCCAAGAUCGAGUCCUCAUGGAAAGGGUGUCAUAUUAUUUCAGACGUCCUGCUAUUCAUGAAAUUGUAACUUUCAGAGCUCCAGUACGGCUACCAGGACACAGUGAAGAUGAAAUCUUUAUUAAGAGGGUUGUUGCAAGAGCAGGAGACUUGGUUGAGGUUCGGGAUGGGUCCCUUUAUGUCAAUGGGGAUGUCCAGACUGAAGAUUUUAUCUUAGAGCAGCCAAAUUACAUAUUGGACUUAACCUAUGUUCCUAAAGAUCAUGUUUUUGUGUUGGGUGACAACCGCAAUAACAGCUCUGACUCUCAUGAAUGGGGACCCCUUCCUAUCAAAAACAUAAUUGGAAGAUUUGUCACACAUGUAUACAGACUUACGUACAAUUAACCCAUUGGCACCAGGGCAUGGGCUAGAAGUUCCAAAAUUCUCUUACUCUCCAUGUAACAUCAGAAGGGGACGGUUUAAAAGGAAUUCCCUAAUGUUGUGCUAUCCCAAAUCCAUGACUGUUAUUCAUUCAUUGAAUGUAUUCAUCAGAUGUUUCUUCAAUGUUUCAUAGUGUACAAAGUUGCUUCCGAUAAUUUGAUGGUACACAUAGUUUCUGUUAA